CAAACAUGAAUGUUUUAAAUGCAAACAACAAAAACGUGAGGCUCAGAAAGUGAAAUUAAAGUGAGACGUUCGCUGUGAUGUGUUUAUUAUGAGACUGCGCAGAUUUACAGAACCCAUUAAACCGAGUCCCCGCGCGCCCGGUGUCGUUGUUAAGUGAUGGUUAAAACCGGGGAUAAUCCCGCGGAGCGACCUGUAAGACGGGCAGAGGCGGAAUUAAAUAAUAAACGCACGCGCACACACACAAACUGGCUGCAACUGAGCGGCGUCGUUGCGCCGGGCAGCAGAACGCGGCGGAGAUGUGAGCUGUCCUCACCGUCAGCAGCCGGAGGAAAUGCUGCGAACAAGCGCCGAGGCUGUGGCCGUGGAGCGACGCGCCGCCGCGGAUACAGACGCUGCAGCCGCGGCGGCGACGUAAAGAUUUGACGCGCCUGUUUGUGUUUUUUUCCUACGGAGCGCAAGCAGGAAAUUCCUGUGUAGAGAGCCGAGAGCGAGGCUGUGCGCGCGGAGCGACACGGACGAGAGGCGAGAGACGGCGGCAUCCGAGCGGCAUCCGAGCGGCAUCCGAGCGGCAUCCGCCCCGAGCUCGCCAUGCUCCAGCUGCUGCAGCCCGGUCCCCGCACGCGCCUCCACCGCCCGUUGUUUCCACGCUGCUGAGCGGCGGCGACGGAGGAGGAGGAGAGACACGAGCACGACACACACACAGCGCGCACAGACACACGCACACACACACUCCCGUUCACACACACGGACAUGGCUUUGUCUUAACACACCGACCAUGACGCAUUGCUGUCAGGGCGCAGCGCACCGCCGCGGCUCCGCGUCCAAACACGCCUGAGCAGAGGAAAGAGAAAAGAAGAGAAAGUCCGAGAUCCCAGAAUUGUUGCAGGAAGAUGGCGCCCACCAAGCCGAGCAUCCAACAGGACCCGACGCGGAGAGAACGUGACCCCUACUGGGAGCGGCCGGCUAAUGCAGGCAGCUGCUCCGCCGCCCGGCCCAAGACCCUUCACCUGGCCGGCCAGCAGCAUACCUCCUCGCCAUGGUUGCAGGCUCUGAGGAAGGAGAAGUCACGGGACGCGGCGCGAUCGAGGCGAGGAAAGGAGAACUUCGAGUUUUACGAACUGGCCAAGAUGCUGCCGCUGCCAGGCGCCAUCACCAGUCAGCUGGACAAGGCCUCCAUCAUCCGGCUCACCAUCAGCUACCUGAAGAUGAGGGACUUCGCCAACCAGGGGGACCCUCCAUGGAACCUGCGCAUCGAGGGGCCGCCGCCCAACACCUCAGUCAAAGCUAUCGGUACCCAGCGGAGGAGGAGUCCCACCGUCGUAGCCUCGGAGAUCUUCGAGCCUCACCUGGGCAGCCACAUUUUACAGUCUCUGGACGGGUUCGUAUUUGCACUAAACAAGGAGGGCCGCUUCCUGUACAUCUCUGAGACCGUGUCCAUCUACCUGGGGCUGUCACAGGUGGAGCUGACGGGCAGCAGCGUGUUCGACUACAUCCACCCCGGCGACCACGUGGAGAUGGCAGAACAGCUGGGCAUGAAGCUGCCUCCGGGCCGAGGCAUGUCUCUGUCCCAGGGCGCCGUCAACGAGGACGGGGCGUCCUCAGCUUCGUCGUCGUCGCACUCGGAGACGCCAGAACCAGUGGAGUCCAGCAGUCCCAGCCUCCUGGCUCCUGAUAACACCCUGGAACGAUCCUUCUUCAUCCGGAUGAAGUCGACGCUCACGAAGAGAGGGGUGCACAUCAAGUCCUCAGGGUACAAGGUCAGAGUGAUUCACAUCACGGGGCGUCUGCGGAUCAGGAUGGCGCUGACCCACAGCCGCUCUGUGCCCAAUCAGAUCAUGGGGAUGGUGGUGGUGGCUCACGCCCUCCCGCCGCCCACAAUCAACGAGGUUCGCAUCGACUGUCAGAUGUUCGUCACUCGGGUCAACAUGGACCUGAAGAUUGUCUACUGUGAGAACAGAAUCAGUGACUACAUGGACCUGAGUCCUGUGGACAUUGUGGGGAAGAGAUGCUACCAGUUCAUUCAUGCUGAAGACGUGGAGGGAAUCAGACAGAGUCACCUGGACUUGAUGAAUAAGGGUCAGUGUGUAACCAAGUACUACCGGUGGAUCCAGAAGAACAGCGGCUACAUCUGGAUCCAGUCCAGCGCCACCAUCGCCAUCAACGCCAAGAACGCCAGCGAGAAGAACAUCAUCUGGGUCAACUACGUGCUCAGUAAUCCAGAGUAUAAAGACACACCCAUGGACAUCGCCCAGCUGCCAAACCUGCCUGAGAAAACCUCUGAGUCCUCGGAAACCUCCGACUCUGAAUCAGAGUCCAAAGAAAACUCAGACAAUGACAACACCAAGUCCGAGGGGAAGACGGGCCACCACUCAGAACCCAGCGAGGACCCAGAGACGGACAGCAAACGGCAGCAGCAGCCCGGCCAGUCUCACUCUGAACAGGACAUGAAGCGCCAGGAAGAAGGAGACAACAGCUCGAGUAACCCUGAGAGCCAGGAGAGCGACGACAGCCUGGAAGCUUCAGAUGGAGAGGUGGAGGAGCAGGAGGAGGCCAGAGGGGAAGGAGGAGGAGCGAGGCUGGGGAGGUUAGCAGGACUGGGAGCGUUGGGAGGCCUAGGUGCCAUUGGAGGACUAGGUAAUCUGGGUGGGCUGCAUAUUAAGGUAGAGCACUAUGGUGAGGGAGAGGAGGCGCAGCUCCACAACUCGCAGACAUCUUCAUCAGAGGAGGACGAUGAGGACGAGGAAGGUGAGGAGGACGGCGGUCUGCAGGACUGCAACAGCACCAACCCCGGAAACCAGAAGAGGAGGAAGAGGAGGAAAGUGCAGAAAUGGGAUGGAUCCCGAAGCAGGAGGCUCCGUGUGUCCUCCAACACGCCCAGCCCUGUUGCCAUGGGGGAGAGCACGCCUCUGGCCGACGCCCAGACCUCCUCCCACCUCCUCAGCUCCUCUGGGUCCCCUAGCAACACGGGUCCAUCCUCAGUCCUGAAGAUUAAGACCGAGAUGGCGGAACCGAUCAACUUUGACAACGACAGCAGCAUAUGGAACUACCCUCCGAACCGAGAGAUCUCCAGGAACGAGUCUCCCUACAGCAUGACCUCCAAGCCGCCGGCUUCCAGCUCCCACGAGACCUUCCCCUCCCCCCAGGGAGGCUCUCUGCAGGUCUCCAUUCCUGAAUCUGUUCUCACUCCUCCUGGAACCGAGGGAGGAGCAGGAGGCGUGAGAAAGCCUCCGUACAACGGGAGCUCUGCUCCGUCGUCUGCUUCCAGCGCGGUGAGUUUAGCUCCUCCCUCCAGCGCCUCCUCCGCCGACCCCCUGUCUCCUCCUCUGUCCGCUUCGCCCCGAGACAAACAGCAAGGAACGCCCACCACAUCCUCCUCCUCCUCUUCGUCGUCUUCGUCAUCAACCUCUUCCUCCUCGCUGCUGUACUCUGGCGACCUUGAGGCGCUCCAGCGCCUGCAAGCCAGCAACGUGGUUCUGCCCCUGGUCCACCGGGUCGCGGGGACGCUGGCUUCCACCAGCACCACAACGCCACGGGUCUACACCACCGGGACCAUCAGGUACGCGCCGGCGGACGUCACCCUGGCGAUGGCACAAGGCAACCUGCUCCCCAACGCCACCAUGAACUUUGUGGACGGCUCCGGGUUCGGCCUGGAUCCUAAGACGCCCAUGGAGAUGCUCUACCACCACGUCCACAGGCUCAACAUGUCGGCGGCGGCGGCCGCCGGCCCGUUCGUGGGCUCCCCCACAGCCACCGGUGGGAACCAGAUGCCCACGGCCGCCAACGUGUUCACCACGGCCGAGGGACUGUUCUCCACGCUGCCGUUCCCCGUGUACAGCAACGGGAUCCACAACACCGCCGCUCUGGAGAGGAAGGAGGAUUAGGCGUAAGGUGUUGACCGCAUUACUGUGUUCAGUGGAGGACUCCUCCCCGAUUAAAGACUAUUUACAACACGAUGCAGCACUGUGUCCGACAGGAAAGGAUAACAAACGUACUCUAGCACUUUGAAUCUGAGCAUCUGAGCUUGUGUAAUAGACAUGAUCAAACGUGUCCCUCUUUUCUAUCUUUUCUCUCCUCCUCAUCCACCUCCCUCCUCUCUCAGCCUCUUUGCUCCUGUGUCUUGCAAACAGCAAAUGAACAAAAAUAGACUCUUCUUUAUUGUAAAGAAUUGCUUUUUGCCUACAGAGAAUUCCUAUGGCCUGAGGACUCUGCUGGAGCCUGACGAGGUCACUUUUAUUAUUUGACUCGUUUUGCAUCUUUAUGAAGAUGCUGAUUGUGUAUUUAAAGGAGGACGGUACAGGGAUUUGUAAUGGCUCCUCCUCCGUACGUCUCUUGAUGUGAUCAAGGCUUGAAAAGACAGUUCAGCAACCAGAGGAGGGAACUGUGUCGGUUUCAGUGAAAAUCUUUUGAAAAAAGGUUUUUGAGCUUGAUGUUUCUCAAUUGAGGGAAUAGUUUAGAGUUUUGUUCGUUUCCUCCUAUUUUAUAUAAUAUUCUAGCUGAGAUUUAACGUACAAAUCAAGCAUUAAGAAGAAAAACAAAAAAGCAAUUUCAACCGGGUGAAGCCCUGUGAAUCAUGGAAUGUUACUGCUUCCUCUCUUAUGCCAGGAGUCGACCUACAGGUCUCGCACCAAACAUGACCUCCGCAGCAUCGUCUCCUCCCACUCAGCCGCCUUCUCUUGCUUUCUUUUCCUGAUCUCUGCUCACAUCUACCUGUCGAUCUACAGAUUCAUGGUGCUACCGACCGUCCAGUAACCCUGAGUCAGCUGGCUGAUGUGGGUGCUGUAACCAACCCACAGCUCAUUGACGCACUGGUGGUCCUCUCUGUCCUGGGGUGUUUUCUUUUGUAGCAGUUCUGACGCGUCGUGUGCUUGUUUCGCUGGGGCAGCUCUGCUCGGCCGCGUGGAGACCCAGCUGGAGUUUGAGGCUGCGUAGGGAUGUUUGAUUUUCACCUUUUCUAACUGAUUCACCUUCGAUUCUCAGUGAGACUAAUUAGCUGGUGUUGCUAACUAGAACAAUGAAUGUUGAAAACCUCGACCGGCUCCUGUUCGACCACUGUUUUGGUUUGUUGUUGUACGACUACUUUCUUCUUGGUGUCUUCUUCUUCUUCUUCUUCUUCUUCCUAAACCGCAGUCACCUCCACCUAAACAAUCCACUCUCUUCCAUCUCAUUGCCGGACCCUGUGAUUAAAGAACCACAUAUCAACAAAGAGAUUGUAAUGAAGACAUGCAUUUUCAAUCAGUUUAUCAAACAAUCAAUCCAGAAAAAAGAUGUUUGGGUUUCUUCUUCUGUUGUUUUGUUGAGUUUGUUUCUAGAGGAAGAAAACGUCCCGUUCCUUUAAAACGACGCCGUCUUUGUCGCUGUUUUUUUCUUCCCAGCCUCCUUUGCCAAAAAAAGUUGAGUGUUUUAAAAGCACUGUGAUUCUCGUUCAUUUCCGUUUUUUCUAAUUCUUUGGUAAAAAGAGAAAAAAGAUGAAAAUAAGUAAUAAACCUUUUGAAGUUGGCAGCCCCGUCUCCACCAUCCUCCUCCUUAUACCCCGUGUGAUUCCGCCGUAAAACGUGUUACCAAUGUGUUUAGUGUCACUGGCUGUCAACGUCUUUCAUGGCGACUUCUCUGUGUGUGUGUUGACUAUAUGCAGUAUAUACUGAGCUACUGUAGCUGUUUUGUCCUUUGUCUUCUCUGUGCUCUAUCUCUAGUGUGGGGGAGGAGGGGGAGGGUCCACGGGGUGAGUGACUCCGCCUUCUCUGUCCCGUCGCCUUCUCCGCCUCCCUCGUUCUGCAGUCUUAGUGAAACCAGUGGAGGUUCGUGGACUUUCGUGUUCGGUGGCCUUUGCAAAAAGCGGAAAAAAAACCUGUGGAGUCCACCUUCUCUUUUUCGCUGCUUCCUUCUGGUCUUUGUAAAACCUUGUUUUGGGUUUCUUACCUUUCUCUUUUCUCUAUCUGCUGUUGCUUUUUGCUGUUGUGUAGUCUUAUACAAACCUCUUUAUCUCGCUGUCUUUUCUCUCAGAGAUGAAAAGAUUCUUUAACUAGCUCAAAGGUUUAUGGAGCCAUGUUUUUGCCCCUAAGGAAUUCUGGGUAUUGUGGUUUCCAGCUCCUUCAAACAAUCCAACAACUAAUGGAUAUUUACAUUGUAUAGAAAUAAAUUAUGAUGAGGAAAAGCCUAAAGUAGCAUUUUAACGUAGUCCUGGAAAAACCACAAGAGCCUCAGCUGUGAAACAUUUCCCAGAGUCCCUUGGGGCGUCUGAUGUGCAUUGGGUGUAUUUCAUUGGUUCCCACCGAAACUUGUUGACUUCCAGCUCAAACUUCUCUCUCGGGACAAACGAUGUUAAACAAGUGGUUUAGGGGGGAGAAAAAUCACAAUAGUACUUCAGGACAUAAUGAAAACGAUUUUAAAGAUUUCUAAAGAAAUUAAAAGAAGAAAAAAAUAUUUCGCACUAUAAAUCUAUUUUUAUAGGUGUUUUGGAAAACUCAACUGCAUGUUUAGUCAGUUUGUCCGACGAGUGUCACGUGAUCGAGUCCUCGGUUUCUGUUGUUUUUUGGGUCCAGCAGUUUUUGUGCUGUUUAAAGUCUGUCGAGUCCAAACGGGGACGUGAGCAGUGAAGUCUGUAGGGUCAAACCGAGCCAGGCCUCCGGUCCUCCCCCGCAUCAGGAGAAACAGUGUGUGGCGUGCGUGCGUGCGUUCUGUGAAGUCGGUGUCUAAUGUAAAGCAACAAUGAAAACAAACCAGGUUCUGAAAUGAAUGCAUUUCUUCACGUCGGCCGCUCGCUGCGUCGUUCGUGGUUGAAUGUUCGAUGUUUCGUUUCAGGAACAUUUCGUUUCCCGCUCCUCUGAACUUGAGCAUUUUCUCCUUUUCUACUAGCGGCGGUUUGUGUGUGAAAACCAGGGGGCGGGGCUCCGAUGGAUGGCGGCGCUUGGGGGAGGGGCAUAACUGAGACGAAACCAGGAAAUACACCCACAUGUAACAAAAACCAAACAGCCGGUCCAAGCUGUUUCAAUGUUUUCUGUGUUUUAUGUCGAAAAAUGAAAACUUUGCUGGUGAUUUUAAAAACUUAAAAACCUUAAUCACAGCUGCUGUCAAAAAUACAUAGUGUUUAAGAAUUACAAAUAUUGAAAAAUCACUUCAUUUACCUGUGAAGAAACUGUGUCUGUGUUUUUAACUAUUUCUUGUACAAUUAUACAGAUUCUUUUAUGGGGAACUUGGUGCCAAGUAUCUGAAAUACGGGAGAGAGGGAAUCUCUUAUUAUCAAUGUUAACAGUGUUAUAAAAUUCUAAAUACAAACAAAUUAAAAUAUUCAAAAAGAGAAAACUAUGGUACAUUUCUAUUUUUUGUUGUAAUUUUUUCCUCAGAAGAGGAAACACUCAACUAACUGAUGCUAACUUUGAGUGCCUGGCUUUUUUUAAUUAUUACUCUUAUUUUGAAAAAACAUCUUUUUCAGUUCCUUAAUCGUGAAUAAUGCUGCAAAUCCGAGACUGUACAUACUUCAUUUUUACAGCAGUUGUUCUUUUAUACGUUGCCUAGGUUCUCAUCCGUUCGGAGGAACGUGUCACACACAUGGCUGUUUGUCUGUAACCCGGUUUACACCAUCUUACAGGUGCCAUAUUCAUAAUAAAAAUGUCUCUGGAAUUUCCUA